AUUUAUUUUUUUUUUUUGGAGACAGGGUCUCACACUGUCACCCAGGCUGGAAGUACAGUGGUGCAAUCUUGGCCUCUGCCUCCAGGGUUCAAGCGAUCCUCCCACCUCAGCCUCCCUGGGACUACAAGUGCAAGGCACCACCUCUGGCUAAUUUUUGUAUUUUCUGUAGAGAUGGGGUUUCACCAUGUUGGCCAGGCUGGUAUGGAACUCCUGGGCUCAGGUGAUCUGUGCACCUCAUCUUCCCAAAAGUGCUGGGAUUAAAGACGUGAGCCACCGCACCCGGCCGGUUACCAAUUUCAAACAAGAAAAGUAAAAACCAAACAGAAAAGCUAUUGCUUACUACCCUAACUUGGUACAUUUCUGUGCUUGUUAAUAACUAAUAAUUAACUUGUCCUCUCACAACCACCUUGAGAUGCAGGGGUACAGGGUAAUUAGUACUGACAUAGUACCUAGCACUAAAAUAGAAUUAUCUUUCUUGCACACUUUUUCUACAGAGGAUGAUAGUUUUUCCCUUCAAAGCACUGGUAAUAGUCUUAUUUUCUUCCUUCCAUUUCUGCUUACUUGGUUACUGUCUUUAUCAAACUAUUAAAAUAGUAAAUACGACCAGAUGCGGUGGCUCACACCUAUAAACCAAGCACUUUGGGAGGCCCAGACAGGAGGAUCGCUUGAGCUCAGUGGGGCCCGGCUGCAGUGAGCCGUGAUGGCACCACUGCACUCCCGCCUAGGUGGCCGAGAGAGACCCUGUCUCAAACAAAAUAAAAAAUAAAAAUAAUAAAAUAGUAAAUAUACUGCAAUUGUUUCCACCUCACUUCACCGGACAACACUAUUUUGCUGUAAUGGCCUUAGAAUCUUGAUCUGACCACCGCCCAUAGUAAGCAGGGAACUCAGCCUUCCAACAUUAAUUUAAGAGCCCAACAAUUUUAGGUUUCAGUUAGAAAGGACAGCUGCGCUUCAGGCUUGGUUCUUGCCAACUACUCAGCUAUUUUGGAUGAGCUGCACAUUUUGUCUGUAACUUCCUCCCUAAGUUUUUAAUCAAGAGAUCUUCCAGGAUGUAGUGCCUGCUUCACCUUCCACAGCAGCUGCGCAAAACAUGCAAAACAUACACUUCGAUUUGUGUGUUUUCUGUUAGCUUUAGCUACUUCCCUCAGCCCAGACUCCCCUUCAGUCUUUUGUUUUGAAUAACAACCUACUGUGAAGCUUCUUAAACACUAGUUUUAUUUAAACCUUGUAUUAUCCUUUUCCUUUUUUUUUUUUUUUUUUUGAGACGGAGUCUCGCUCUGUUGCCCAGGCUGCAGUGUAGUGGUGCGAUCUCUGGCUCACUACAGCCUCCACCUCCCGGGCUCAAGUGAAUCUUCCUCCUCAGCCUCCCGAGUAGCUGGGACCACAGGGGCAGGCCAACAAGCCUGGCCUAUUUUUGUAUUUUUUGUAGAGACGAGGUCUUGCUAUGUUGCCCAGGAUAGUCUGGAACUCUAUUAUAAUCUUUGUCUUAAUCUCAUGGAGACGCCCCCGUGGUCACUGACUGGAGGAAGGAAAUACACAUUUUAAAGGUUUUAAAUUUCCUAUAGAAGGGUCUAGAACGUACCGCGCUAUAACGAACAUAGUAGUAAGACCACCGCCACUUUCCUGAGGAAACAAGGUCACGCCCCUCUGCGGGCCGCUUGAUCGGGUCUUUAAUUAAUCCCGCCGCCGCCUUCCCGCCUACCCCCGAGCGCGCACUUCCGGUCGCGAGGGCGCUCGGGAGCGCGCCCCGCGAGCCUCCACCAACCAGCGGCUCCGCCUGGCCAGACAGAGUGCGCGCGCGCACGUUGUGCGCAGGUUCGAAUCUCCGCCGCUUCGCGGUUGCUUCUCAACGUCCGGGCCGCAUCUCGGCGGCGGCGAGGGCUGAGCGCGGGAGCUGCCUCCGAGCCGGAGCCCCAGCCCUAGCUCCUGCGCGAGCCGCCCCGCCCUACCCCCUCCAGCGUCCUGUCGCCUCCUCGCCCGACUUCGGCCUGUCCCUCUCUCACGCGCUCAGUCCUCGCUCUUCGCCCCCCGCAGCUAUCGGCACUCGGUCUCCCUCGCCUGGCGGGCUCCGCCCGAGCCUCUGGGCCCAUGGCCAAGCGGCGUGCGGCCGAGCCGGUGACGUUCCACGUGCCUUGGAAGCGGCUCCUGCUUUGCGACUUCGCUGAGCAGCCGCCGCCACCGCCUCUCUGGAUCCGGCCGCCCGGGGUCGCGCAUGCUGGGCAGCUCCUCGGCGUCCCAGAGCAGCACCGAAAGCGCAAAAUCGACGCAGGGACCAUGGCAGAGCCCUCGGCUUCGCCCAGCAAGCGCCGUGACAGCGGGGACAACAGCGCCCCGAGCGGCCAGGAGCGUGAGGACCACGGUCUGGAGACAGGCGAUCCGCCGCUGCCGCCGCCGCCCGUACUGCCGGGGCCGGGGGAGGAGCUCCCGGGCGCCCGGCCCCCGGGGGGCGGUGGCGACGACGGGGCGGGGCGCGCAGGACCCCCGCGGGGAGACUGGGGGGUCGCAUCGCGUCAGCACAAUGAAGAAUUUUGGCAGUAUAAUACCUUCCAGUACUGGAGGAAUCCUUUGCCUCCUAUUGAUCUGGCAGACAUUGAAGAUUUAAGUGAAGACACCCUGACAGAAGCAACACUUCAGGGCAGGAAUGAAGGGGCUGAGGUUGACAUGGAGUCCUGAUGUAAGGAGCCGAAGCAGUGGGAUUGGCUGAUUUGAGGAGAUGUCUCUAAGUGAAUUCUCGUAUUCUUAAGGGAAAAGUUAUUUUCCAUACUUGAAGUUAUAUUUCCAAACCUGAGAAAUGAAGAAAGAUUGUUCUGACAUUAAAUACCUACAGUUACUACUGAACCUCUUAAUAAGGAUUUGUCAAGGAUAGAGUACAGUUGUAGGGGAAGUAUUUUAUGUAUGCAUUCUUAGAGCAAAAAGUUUUGUUUAAAUUCUAGAAUUGAAGGUACUGAUCUUAUAAAAAGAAAUUCUAGCAGUUUUAGAAAUAGGUGGGAAAAACUCAAAUAUUCCUCCUAUCUGUACCAAAAAGUUUAUUUGUGGUAUAUAAAAUGAAUAUUGUUUUAUAAUAACUUGUUAAUAAAGUACUUUCUAAUACAUUCUAUUGACUCUGUUGAACAAAUAGCUGACUUGAACAUCUAUGCAAACUUAAGAUGGGCGGGAUUGUUGUAAAAGCUAUUGUUUUAAAAGAGCUUUCUAAAUGUGAAGUAGUGAUAAUUUCAGUUUGGGUAGCGUGUUUGCAAAGCUUCCAAUAUUUGAUGUUGGUUAAGCUCUACUAUGGGCAACUGAAGAUGGAUAAAGAAAAAUGAAAACUGAGUCGGUGCCUGCUUCCCCCUGUUUUCCCAGGAUUAGAGGAAAAAAUUUAUUGAAUGAUCAGCUUCUUGGUUUUGAAUUGCUUCGAGGCAUGGUUUUAUUCCUUAUUACUUUAGACCUGUAGUUUUCAACACUGACAGCACUUUAAAAAUCUUUGCCUGGGCCUCACUCUUGAGAGAUUCUCAUUUAAUAGUUCUGAGGUGGGUCUUGGAUAUAACUAUUUUUUUAAACACCCGUCCUGUUUCCCUCCAUUCCUCUCAUGUGCAGACAGGGUUGAGAACCAGUAGACUAAUGGUCGUUUUUCCUGUUUAAAGGAGAUAACUAAUUUGAGCUGAAGCAAUGCUUCUUAAUUAGCUUUGUUUUUGUUUUGCUCUGUUGGUGGCUUUGUUACAACUGAAUUAUUGUGUUAUUACUAUUUCAUUGUUAAAGAAAUAAAGUAAGCAAUUUGUGAUGUGAGUAUCAGUGAUUAAGUUAACUAACUUUGUACUGCAUCCAGAAUGUUGGUUUUGUAAUUGAAUAACUGGUUCUUGCUUGCAUUUUUUGUUGUUGAUGACAUUAGAUCCAAAAUUUAAGACAAAUGGUAAAUGCCAUUGAGAGGGAAAGAGAAAAACUUGAUUUUUUGUGUGUAAUGAAGGAUUUAAGAAUGGGUUGACAUUAAUAAGAAUGCUUUAGAACAGAAGACAAACUGUAUAGCAUUGUGGUCAGACAUGGUUCAAAGUCUUGUACUGCCACUUCCUACCUAUGUAUCUUUAAGCCAGUUAUUUUUCAUCUCCAAGCCUCAAAUUUCUCACCUGUAAAAUGAGAAAUAAUAAAUAGUAUCUACCUCAGA